UUCGGAAUUUUACAUCUGUAUAGAAAAUAUUUUGUUGCUUUUCUUUAAAAAAAUCAAUAACAUCCUUCACAGCAGCCGAAUACAGCGGGCUCGCUAAAGGAAAGGAAGGAACUGAUAGGAAAAAGGGGAUUGGAGACGUCGGAAAUAUCGCGAAGCAUGCCGGCUCUCAACCGGGACUAGAAGGGGUACACGCCAGCGUUGUAGAUCUGGCGAAGGUUGAGUCCCGGCUCUCCUAUUUUUGCAAGACGAAGGUGAUUGUGGACUCGACGAGUCGCGUGUUUCUGUCGAGCAGAAUGAACGGAGAGACGGCCAUGACUGGAAAUACUGAAAUAAGCGAUACUAAAGAGUGGCCAAAAGAGGAUCUCCUGGGCCUAUUGAACAGCAUGAGAAGCAUGGUUCCUACCAAUGAUGUGAUGAAAUUUAAAACAACCGAGUCACACAUGGACUGGAAUAAGGUGACCUUCUCACAUUAUACAGCAGAAAUGUGUAAACAGAAGUGGUCGGAGAUCUCACAUGAGGUGAGAAAGUUUCGCACUUUAUCAGAAUUGAUUCUUGAUGUCCAAGAAAACGUGAAAAAUCCCUAUAGAGGGAAGAAGCUCAAGAAUCAUCCGGAUUUUCCCAAAAAGCCUCUCACACCUUAUUUUCGAUUCUUCAUGGAGAAAAGAGCCAAAUAUGCAAAGCUUCAUCCUGAAAUGAGUAACCUGGACCUGACCAAAAUUCUUUCCAAGAAAUAUAAGGAGUUGCCAGAGAAGAAAAAGAUGAAAUAUAUUCAGGAGUUUCAGAAAGAGAAAGAAGAUUUUGAACAGAGCAUGGCCCGCUUCAGAGAGGAUCACCCAGAGCUACUGGAGAGUGUAAAGAGAACAGAUGUCCCAGAGAAACCUAAAACACCACAGCAGUUGUGGUAUCUUCAUGAGAAGAAGGCCUUUAUGAAGAUGCAUCCAAAGGCCACUAUGAAGGAUGUUAAAGAGGCACUGGGUAAACAGUGGUCCCAGCUGUCUGACAAGAAAAGACUCAAGUGGAUUGGCAAAAGCUUAGAGCAGCAAGAGCUGUAUGAGGAAGCUAUGAGAGAUUAUGUUUUACGUCAUCCUGAACAAAGCAUCAGUCUGGAUGAUUUGAGCAAGAAUACUCUGACCAAAGCAGAAAGACAGCUCAAGGAUAAGUUUGAUGGUCGACCCACAAAACCACCUCCAAAUGGCUAUUCUCUUUAUUGUGCUGAACUGAUGUCUAACAUGAAAGAUAUUCCCAGCACAGAACGCAUGGUUCUGUGCAGCAAGCAAUGGAAAAUGCUAUCUCAGAAAGAGAAGGAUGCGUAUCAGAAACGAUGUGAACAGAAAAAGAAAGAAUAUGAAAUUAAUCUUCAUCGGUUUUUGCUGAGCCUUCCUGAACAUGAACAGCAAAGAGUCCUGUCUGAGGAAAAGAUGAUUGGAUUAAACAAAAAAACAGCAAGCAACCUAAAGCAGGGUGGAUUUAGAGGUGUCCCUUCAUCUCCUUCAGAUGCCACAAAGACAACUACUGACAAACCAAAGCGUCCAAUCUCAGCCAUGUUUAUUUUUUCGGAAGAGAAGCGUAAGAAGUUGCAAGAGGAGGAGCCAGAACUCUCGGAAAGUGAACUGACACGAAAAUUGGCCAGAAUGUGGACUGAGCUCUCUGAAAAGAAAAAGGAAAAAUAUCGACAAAUGGAAACAGUAGCAAAGGCUGAAUCGGAACAGAAGAGACAGGGCUAUGGAAAAGAUGGAAAAGGCUCUGCUGUCCGUGGAAAACUGCCAGAGCCACCCAAGACUGCAGAAGAGAUCUGGCAACAGAAUGUGAUUGGCGAUUAUCUGGUCAAGUACAGGAAUGACCGCACUAGGGCUUUAAAAGCAAUGGAGGCAACUUGGAGUGCAAUGGAGAAAAAGGAGAAAUUAAUGUGGAUUAAAAAGGCCGCCGAGGAUCAAAAGCGAUAUGAGAAAGAACUGAGUGAAGUACGAACACCAGCUACAAAUGUGAACAAAAAAAUAAAAUUUGAGGGGGAACCAAAAAAACCACCAAUGAAUGGCUAUCAGAAAUUUUCUCAAGAACUACUUACAGGUGGUGAACUGAACCAUUUGAAUCUCAAAGAUCGGAUGGUGGAAAUUGGGAAAAGAUGGCGGAAAGUUUCUCAGGCUCAAAAGGAUCGUUAUAAAAAGAUGGCGGAAGAGCAACAAUACCAAUACAAAAUCAAUCUAGAAGCCUGGCUUAUGAGCAUAUCCCCACAAGAGAGGGCAGCAUAUAAGGAAUACACUUCAAAUAAACGCAAAGGUACUGCAAAAGUAUCCAGUUCAAAUCCCAAAAUGAAAGUCACAAUACCGCAGAAUGCAAGUGAAACGGAGGACUCUGAGGAGGAGGAUGAGAGUGAAGAAGGAAAGGCCAACUCUUCAGGUUCUGAUGAUUCUUCAGGUUCAGACAGUGAUGAAGAUACUGAAGAGGAAAAUGAUGCAGAUGAGAAUGUAGUUGAAGAUGAAGAGGAAGAAGAAAACCAAACUGACAGCAGCAGCAGUUCUUCAUCUGAAGAGUCCUCCGACUCAGAAUCUGACUGAAUUUUGCUUUGAUCUUCCUCAAACUAACAGGGGCUUAAAGCUGAGCCCUCAUGCCCAUACCAGCUUGUGGCAGAAGAAGACAUGCUAAAUUUAAUGUGAUAUAGUGAUCAUUAUCCAAUACAAUCGGUUUCUUGGAACAAAUUUUCUGGGCUUUUCUGAGUUGUUUUAAACUCCUUGAAAACUACUAAAUAUGAAAGUAAGAACGGACCAAAUGAAGAAUUAAUGGUUUUCACUGGAACAAUUAUAGUUACAAAUUAUUCAGAAAUUACUCUCCAACUGUUUGGUAAUGAGUGUUGUCAGGACCACUUAAAAAAGACUGACAUAGAAAUUUUCCGGUAUUGCUUGAAAUAAAUUUUUUUAUCAGUAGUUUAGGCACAUAAGAACAAAGUUGUAUGUUAUUAAGAGUGAAGCCACUCAGUUUUUAAAGAAAUGUUUCAUUUAUCAGGUUAUUCAUAUUUGAAUUGCCAGGCACAAAAGCUUUGAUUUUUAUUUUUUGCAGUAUUGAUUACAAUGAAGUUGGUUUCUGCCUCAUUUACAUGGAUGUAGUUCUGAUCUCUUGUACAACCUUUGUGAUUAAGGAGAACAGAAAUAUCAGGUCUUAAUAUUUCCCUUAAAUUGCCUGUUCUGUUAUUUUUAUUGCAUAAAAAUACAAAGAAUGUGCUUUAAGGGUUUUUUAUGAAUGGAAUCUUCUUAGUAAUGUCUUCUUAAUAAUGACUUAGUACAAAGUCAUUGAGAAGUUUGCACCAAAGCAUUUGCCCGUUCAUUUUAGACAGAUGGAAGAAAUCUGCUUCUGUUAUUCCCUUCCCAUUAAGAUUGCAAAUGACUCUGUUGCCUUUCUAACAUACUUCUUGCUAGUUAUUUUUCUGCAUGUUUAUUUUUUUUCUUAUAGUGCUUUAUUUAUGGAGGAUGUAACUGCAGUGGCUAAGUAGUUUGUAUCAUCUUAGUUCAUCAGUUUGAUUUGACUGUAAUGUCACAAUAUUGGUGAAAGUUAAUUUUGAUGCAGACAGCUUCAUAUUCUCAGAUUCUGUUUUGUCCAGUUUAAAUGGGAUGUACAUUAAAUCAUCGUCAAAUAUACUGAGAAGUUUUAAUAGAUAGUUUCAAGCUGGGUCUAGAAUUGUAGAAUUGAAAGAAUUUAUUCCUGAGGCCUUUAAGAGAGAAAGCGCAGAGCUGCUGAAGUCAAGUCACAGGUGUAGCCGACCUGGAUUUGGAACAUUACUAUCUCACAAAUUCAAGAUUGCACAACCAGUGGCAAGACUGUUCGUGAUUUCCUUGCACAACAGACUUGAAGAAGAAUUAUGAAUUUGGGGAUUGGGGUGGAGUUUGUUACUUAUAUACAAGAUGUUUUCUAGACCCAGAUUGAAAAGGGAGAGGCAGAAUGAGAGCUUGUGGUUUCUUCAACCAAAGCAUACCCUCUUGAAUUAAAUUGUUGCAAGUUCAAUAUAGAAUUGGUAGAGGGUGGAAGAUGGGUUGUGGUUUGGUGGAAGAAUGCUGUGCAUCUAAACCUUCCUAUUGCAGCUUAGGUUAAACUCUGGAUAUCUUUUCAGCCUGUGCACAGCUUGAGAUCAAGGUGGAUGUCAUUUUAAAGAAUACUGAAAGAGAUAGUUUGUCAUAUUUGUAUUGGAUUUGAAUGAGGAAUUAUGGUAUCUGUAUAUAAUGUUUGCAUUUUGCAACUUUACUUCCCAUCUUAUUUUCUGUUUCUUCCAGUAAGGCCUGAGGCACUGGGAGUGUGUACUGUAAGAGGUUAAAUGAGUGCAUUUUUGCACUCCAGUGAAGCUGUCCUAGUAACCCAUACAUUACUUUUAGCUUUUGUGACAUUUUGGAAAUUUUUCUAAUAUUUAAAGAUUGUUUUUUAGAAAGAAUGCCUUACUGAUUUGUAUUUGCUGAUUCUUUCAAUUAGGUGUUGGAACUACUGUAAUAUUUUAUAGGGAAAGUGUCCCUUUUGUUCAAGCAGUCAACAGCAACCAUUAAAAAAUAAGAACUCAUUUGCUAGGUGAAUAGAAUUAUUUGAACUUGCCUUGGAAAUACAGGGCCAAUGAAAAGCACAUGUACACAAAGUAGCAUAUUUUCAAUUGUCAAAGGUUUGUAUAUUUGUUAAGCUCUCCAAGGUGGAAAUAAUUGUUGAAAAUGUUGAAAUGUCAGAAGUGCUAUAAAUACAAUGUUCGUUUCAUGGCACAUCUAACUUCUGGAUCUGAGAACAUUUGAUGUGGUAGGUUUAGUGGUUAUUAAAACUGCAAUCACAUCUCUGGGCUAUUGAUCCAUUGGCAUGAAUUCAAAUAAUUAGUGUUUAAUUAAACCUUUAUUACUCUUUUUAAAAAAUGUGAUUAUCAGAUUUCCUUUAUGGUAAUUGAUUAAUAAAUGUUGCUGUGCUAAUGACAUUCAUAACUCUUUAAAUAAAAACUGAACA